UCUGGCGGAAGUAAACCAGUUCCAGCCACAUAUUUUGAAAUCACUGGAAGGACUUAUUGUAGCCGUAGCGCCGCUAAUUAUUAAUUUGUAAUUCGUAAUUCAGCAACAAUGUCUUCAGUUGAGAGUUUGAGAGAGUUUGUCAACGAGCGACUAACUGCUGCUGCUGAAGAAAUAUUCAGAGUUUUUAAAAACACUAUCGUCGAGUACGAGGAAGAGAUCGAUCGUCAGCGCAGACUGCUGGAUAUCGUUUGGAAACCCGAAGUAAAGUUACACAGGAUAGAGUUCCCACAGCAACAUGUCUGUAAGGAGGAGGAGGUUCUGGCUGACCAGCAGCUCUGGAUUCAGGAGAGGAUCCCCGGUCUGGACCAGGAGGACCCACAGCCUCCACAGGUUAAAGAGGAACAGGAGGAACUCUGUACCAGUCAGGAGGGAGAGCAGCUUGUAGUGAAGCAGGAGACUGACACCUUUAUGUUGACUCCUACUUAUGAGGAAAGUGACCACAGUGAAGCCGAACUGAAAAGUGACCACCAGCUCCUCUCUCACAAAUGUCAUGUAGCUGAGAGCCAAGAUCAGAAAGGAGGCGAGCGUGAAGACUCAGGAUCAACUAGAGAUGCAGAGUCAAAACAAAAGAAUCAAGAUCACAACAGCAGAAGCCCCAGAAUCAAUGUACACAAGUCUACCAUGUCAGAGGUUCACCAUGAUCCUCACACAGAGCUCCCACAGCAACAUGUCUGUAAGGAGGAGGAGGUUCUGGCUGACCAGCAGCUCUGGAUUCAGGAGAGGAUCCCCGGUCUGGACCAGAAGGGCCCAGAGUCCAUAUUUCAGAAACACCUGAGAAUUCACACAGAGCUCCCACAGCAACAUGUCUGUAUGGAGGAGGAGGUUCUGGCUGACCAGCAGCUCUGGAUUCAGGAGAGGAUCCCCGGUCUGGACCAGGAGGACCCACAGCCUCCACAGGUUAAAGAGGAACAGGAGGAACUCUGUACCAGUCAGGAGGGAGAGCAGCUUGUAGUGAAGCAGGAGACUGACACCUUUAUGUUGACUCCUACUUAUGAGGAAAGUGACCACAGUGAAGCAGAACUGAAAAGUGACCACCAGCUCCUCUCUCACAACUGUCAUGUAGCUGAGAGCCAAGAUCAGAAAGGAGGCGAGCAUGAAGACUCAGGAUCAACUAGAGAUGCAGAGCCAAAACUAAAGAAUCAAGAUCACAACAGCAGAAGCCCCAGAAACAAUGUACACAAGUCUACCAUGUCAGAGGUUCACCAUGAUCCUCACACAGAGCUCCCACAGCAACAUGUCUGUAAGGAGGAGGAGGAGGAGGAGGAGGAGGUUCUGGCUGACCAGCAGCUCUGUAUUCAGGAGAGGAUCCCCGGUCUGGACCAGGAGGACCCACAGCCUCCACAGGUUAAAGAGGAACAGGAGGAACUCUGUACCAGUCAGGAGGGAGAGCAGCUUGUAGUGAAGCAGGAGACUGACACCUUUAUGUUGACUCCUACUUAUGAGGAAAGUGACCACAGUGAAGCAGAACUGAAAAGUGACCACCAGCUCCUCUCUCACAACUGUCAUGUAGCUGAGAGCCAAGAUCAGAAAGGAGGCGAGCAUGAAGACUCAGGAUCAACUAGAGAUGCAGAGCCAAAACUAAAGAAUCAAGAUCACAACAGCAGAAGCCCCAGAAACAAUGUACACAAGUCUUCCAUGUCAGAGGUUCACCAUGAUCCUCACACAGGUAAAAACUUUUUCACAUGUGACACAUGUGGAAAAGGUUUUCAGCACAAGUCAAAAUUUCAGAGACACCUGAGAAUUCACACAGAUGAGAGGCCGUAUUCAUGCAAAACAUGUGGGAAAUCUUUUAGCCGAAGGAGUGGCUUGAAAGUCCAUAUGAGAAUCCACACAGGUGAGAAGCCAUAUUCUUGUCACACAUGUGGGAAAGACUUCCGAACCAGCGAACAAUUGCAACUCCAUAUGAGAACCCACACAGGCGAAAAGCCGUAUUCUUGCGAAACAUGUGGGAAAUCUUUUAGCCAGAGGAGUAACUUGAUAGCCCAUCUGACAACCCACACAGGUGAGAAGCCCUAUUCUUGUGAAACUUGUGGUAAAGACUUCAGAACCAGCGAUCACUUGCUUCUUCACAUGCGAUCCCACACAGGUGAGAAGCCAUACCUUUGCAAAACCUGCGGUAAAAGAUUCCGUGACACUUCAGCAUUUAAAGAACAUACGAGAACCCACACAGGUGAGAAGCCGUAUUCUUGCAAAACAUGUGGGAAAGCCUUCAGAACCAGCAGUCAGUUGCAAAUCCAUAUAAGAAUCCACACAGGUGAGAAGCCGUAUUCUUGUGAAACAUGUGGGGAAACUUUCAGAGUUAGUAGUCAAUUGAAAAUCCACAUAAAAAGAAAACACAAAAAGAUGUGUUGAUGCCUCUGAUUUGACACGGCACAGAAGGCAGCAUACAGACAAGUAAUCUUGUGGGAGACAAUUCAUUUCUAGAAGUUUGUGGUCAAAACACAAGAACUUACAAAAGUGAAGAGCUGCAUAAUUGCAGCACUUGUGCUAACAGUUUUAAUGAAAUCACAUACUCAAAACUCCCGAGGAUCAAUAUACUUCUAUGGUAAUGAAGUAUUUUGAGCACUAUGUCCUGUCCCACUUCAAGUCCACUACAGACCCACUCCUGCACCCCCUGCAGUUCACCUACAGAGCCAAUAGGUCUGUGAACAAUGCAGUAAACAUGCCUUCACUACACCUCCAGCAACUGGACUCCUUAGGAACCUACGCCAGGAUCCUGUUUGUGGAUUUCAGCUCUGCUGCUCUCCCAGCUGAGCAUGCCUGACGCCACCUUCAGGUGGUUCACAGACUUCCUGUCUGACAGGAAGCAGCACGUGAAGCUGGGGAAAACAUGUCUCUGACUCCAGGACCAUCAGCAUCAGUUCACCUCAAGGCUGCGUUCUUUACCUUCUGCUCUUUUCUCUGUACACUAACAGCUGCACAUCCAGUCACUAGGGGUGUAACGGUAUACAAAAAUCUCAGUUCAGUACGUACCUCGGUUUUGAAGUCACGGUUCAGUUUAUUUUUUAAAUAAUUAUAAAUUGCUGCUGGUUUAUUAUGAAGUUUUGUAAACAUACAAAUUAGUUUGCAAUUUUUUAAACAAACUUCCAAAUUACACAUAAUGAAGAAAUUAUUUAAAAUAAAAAAGAAUAAGAAAGAAAAUACUGCUGCAAACUACUAACAAGUUCUUCUCUAAAUAAAUAUUCUCAAAACAAUACCACAUAUAGCUAAUAAAAUAUAAUAAAAAAUAUAAUAAUAUGGAUUCCACUGCAGCAUUCUUCUUCUUCUUUUAUUCCGUCUAUGAGCAUUAUCAAUCCCAGCUUGAAGGCGUGCUCUUUUCUGAAGUCUAAAGUCUGUUUAAAUGCCGAAAGGCUUUGCAGUGACUGUGUCCUUCAUGUGAUACCAUAAGUGAGUUAGCAAGUUUGACGUGUUGGCAGAAACAUAACCGAUCACUACUGAGAAAUGUCGGCCUGCUGCCUUCGUCUUAUCGACUUGUACGUUGUUGUAUUUCACUAGGAAACCGAAGUUUUCCCAAACAGAACAGGUUAACAAUAAGGGAGGGUCCUAAAGCUCUGGCUUCUCUGCACUGGCCAUGAUGCUCAAGUCACUAGUUAGCGAGAGGCUGGGCCAAAGCGUGCUGCUUGUGUAGCGCUGUAAGGCAGAGAUUUGGUCCACCACUAAAUAUGCCCGUGUAGAAACUCGGAAUUUACGUAUGUUCCACACACAAAACAAGCCUAAUAUAUGACGUUAAAGACUGCAUUCGGUGCACAUGUGCACUGUUCCAAACAUUCUGUACUGAAACGGUCUGGUACGAAUACAUGGACCAUUACACCCCUACGGGUCACCAGUCCGUCAAGCUCCUGAAGUUUGGGUGAAGACAUCAUGACUAUUUGUCUGCAGCAGAGAUAAGGGCGGAAAAGGAGAAGUGGAAGGACCAAACAUGAACAUAUCCUCACCGCCACCCAGUACAUACACCAGCACACACAAUUACACCUAAUGACAACAUAAAGAGAGAAAAUAGAAAGGAGUCGGAUAUAGACUGGCGACACCAAAAAGACAUCUGAAGAAUUAUUGGACUCUGAAGUUUCUGUUGUUCAAUUGCAUAAUAGACUGAAGACUUUCUGAGACAUUCUGAGGGCUUUGGACAAAUCCUCAAGUUUCUACAGUAUUCCACAGCUCCACAGAAGAGGGAGAGAUCUGCUAACCGGACAACUCCUUCGCCUCCUCUCUCCAGCAAGAAGACCUCCAAAUUACGCAAGCUCAGCUAUUUUAAUCAGGUUUGGAAUAAAAAUAGAAUCACUACAUUUAAAGUACAAGUUGUAGACAUUGAAUUUAUUUCUUCACUAAGGUAGUAAUUAGUAAUGGUGGUUUUAACAUAUUUUAAAGGUCCUAUAGGUUGCUCUAGUGAAAUUAAACCAUCCCUGGGGCAGGGCUCGACAAUAAUGGUGGCCCGAUGGCCUGGGGCCAGUAAAAAGUAACGUCGGGAGGCCAGUGCAAAAACACUAGUAUUAAAAAAACAAAAACAAAACAAUCACAUUAGAAAUUCAACAUCCUGCACUUGUUUUGCAGCUCAUGGUGCGCACCGUUGUCCAAUCCAGAGUUUUAGUUACUGUUAUUUUUCUAAUCUCAAUCAUGCGCCAACCUCUGUGUCUGAAAAGUGAAACCAUGCAAAUGGAACUUAGACCUGCAUUCUCUCUAACAGCCAGCAGGGGACGAGCUAGGUGGUUCCGGUUCUAUUAGAAAUAAAGGUAAAAUGUUGCUACUUCUCAGCUGAAUUAUUACCCUAGUAAACACUUUCAUAAUAAGUUUAUGGUCUCAGCCGCUAGUUUCAAAUGAUCAAUACAGCAUGAUGUUCAUUUAGUAAAUUAUGGUCCUAUUUAGGGGAAAACAGAUGAUAAUGCAGCAUAUGCUUUUGGUCAAGACUACCUUGUGAUUGACAGGUCGAUACCAUGGCGAAGACCGUUGAGUUAGAAGCUAGGCGAAUCACUUCGACACCAGUCCCCAGAUAUACCGAAUAGAGUAAUACCCAGAAGAAUGAGGAUCAGAACCUUAUAACAGAGAGCUGGACCAGUAACUCCUGGACAGGUAUUUCAGAAUCUAAUAAUAUCUUUAUAUUUACAUAGGUUUAUUUUUUGUUGCACACCUAGUCGCCAAAACAAAUUGCCAGUAUGUGUAAAACAUUAUGGCAAUUAAUCCAAUUUUGAUAAGAUUACAAAGAGUACAGUCUAGACAACCUCAACAUGAAAAGGACUGUGAUAACUUAUGUGUUGGCGCUAUACAAAUAUAUAUAUUUUUUAAAUGAAAUUGAAUAAAAGCCACAUUUCUUGAUAAAUAACUUACACGUUUAAUUGAUUGUUAAUGUUUAUUUUAAGAAAUAGCAUAGAGAUUUUAUCUACACACACAGAUUCAAAACCACAGAAAAGUCAUCACAAAAUUAAGAGUCACGCUAAAAACUUUACCAACCGUAAUGCGUAUAAUGAUAUGUGUAACAAAAAAACAAAAAAACAACUUGGCAAUAAAUCUGAGUUCCUACUUGUAUAAACUAUUGGGUAGUUUAAUUUCUAACAAAAUAUAUUUUUAAAACUGUAUGUUUUGUGUGAAAACCUUCAUUUGUAAAGUAAGAAAAAGUGAAUAGUAGCCUAAAAUACCUCCCAACUGAUGUCACUGACUAACAUGUAACAUUUGUAUGUUGCAGCUAGUCAGCGUUGAGCUCAAUCUAAGUUCUUUUUUUUUUUUUUAUCUUAACCUGAAAAGUAUCUACUGUGACUUCAUACAGCUGACAUAUACAUGUUUUUGGGUAAAAGGUGGUGAAGAAUUAAAGUAGGCCUACUGCUCACUUAAUGUUUUUUUCAUUACAAAACUGAUGGUUUGUUUCCCGUCAGUUAAACUGUAUGUACAUCAACCUGUGAGUUUUGAAGUGAAUCCACACUAGAACUACUGACAAAAACCACAUUUAGGACAAUUGACCUUUCGCUAGGCACUGCCUCCCUUAGUUACUGUUACUAACACUGACAAACUGUCAUUGCUGCCACGGUCUAUUACUACUCUGGAGAAAUUGACAAAUUUGUUGGAAAAAUCGAUCUCUAAAAGAAGCAGACAGUUUUGCAGUUGCAUUAUGCAUUCAGUAAAGAAAGAAAUUCAGAUAAAUAAGUACCAGUAUAUUCAAUGCUUGAAGUGGGCUAGUAGCCACAUCCGGUAGAGAUAUAUUUUACUCGUUGUGUAACAGAACAUUCUUGCCUGCCUGCUAAUCUCUGUCUGCCGAGACAAAGAAAAGAGAAGCUUGAGUGCCUGUUAUGCAGCCAUGUGCAUAAAGUAGUUUGCCAGUGUCACUUUUUGUGAUCCGACCCAUCCAAAAAAGUCAUAGGUGUCAUUGACACUGGAGUCAUGUCAGAAUCAGAAUGUCUCCACCACUUUUUGAAAGCAUUUGUUAAAAAUGUUCUGAACAGCUUGCAACAAGAAAAUGUAAACUAACAAAUGAAAAUGCUUUGAGAAAGCUUUAUUUGCACAAUCC